UCUUAUAUAUCAACAGUCGUUGCCAGUCUCUCGCUGUCCCACCUGUCGUUACAUCUUGACAUAUAAACUCUCUCUCACACAUUCGUUCCCACCGCACAACUCACCACAGACCAGUCACCAUGAAGGCCGCCUUCGUCUUCGGCGCCAUCGCCGCCACCACCGCCAGUGCCUGGCAGUACCCCGACUGCGAGCACGAUAACUGCUACAACAACCUCGUCGACAAGCGCUUCGCUGAGGAGGGCAAGAAGUUCUGCUUCGAGUUCCUUGCUGGCACCACCACCGCUCCCGAGGCCAUCCCCACCGACUUCAGCAACUGCAAGAAGGAUGUGAAGAGGGUCAGCUCUGCCUGCUCGUGCAUCACUUACACGGCCACCCAUACCUCGUCUGUCCCCCAGACCACCACCACCAGCCAGCCCCAGACUACUCCUACCACCACCAGCCAGCCUCAGACCACUCCCACCACCACCAGCCAGCCACAGACCACUCCCACCACCACCAGCAAGCCGGAGACGACUCCCAGCACCAGCAAGCCGGAGACGACUCCCAGCACCAGCAAGCCGGAGACGACUCCUAGCACCAGCAAGCCGGUGACGACCACUCCUCCCGCCAACACCACGUCCACGGAGCUGCCUCCUACCACCACCUCCAAGCCCACCAGCUGGACCACGUCCACCAUCUGCACGACCAAGACUCACACCAUCACCAAGUGCCCCCCGGAGGUGACCCACUGCCCCGGCGGCGGCCACACGACUGUCAUCACCGAGACCAUCCCCAUCUCGACCACCGUCUGCCCUGUUACUUCUACUCCUCCUCCCACCAGCUGGACCACCUCGACCAUCUGCACCACCAAGACGCACACCAUUACCAAGUGCCCUCCUGAGGUGACUCACUGCCCCGGCGGCGGCCACACGACUGUCAUCACCGAGACCAUCCCCGUCUCCACCACCGUCUGCCCGGUCACCUCUACUCCGGUCCCUACCGGCACCGUCGUCCCUCCCGGCAACAACUCCACGUCGACUCAGUUCACCACCAAGACGUACACCAUCAGCUCGUGCCCGCCUAAUGUCCCCAACUGCCCCAUUGGCAGCGUCACCACCACUGUCUACCCGACCGGCACCACCGUCAUCCCCACGUGGACUUCCCAGAAGCCUACCAAGCAGCCCACCACUCCUGUGGUUCCUCGCCCCUCGGGCACUGCCACCGGCACCACUCCCCCCGCCGUCACCGCUGCCGCUGGCCACGUUGUCGGCAGCGUCAACCUGGUUGCCGCCUUUGCUGGUCUCGUUGCCCUUCUGUAAGUGGAGCGCGAUGUUCCGGUACUCCGGUAUCCUAUUUACCGCGAGGAAACGUAAUAUUCCGAUGUAAAUAGUACAUUAGAAAGGUUCACUUGGGAAAUGGGUUUGCUGCUGCCCUGCGCACAGCCGAGGACAAAGAGACUGAAUAUGGAAUGAGGUCACGAUCCUUGACAAUAAACAUUAAUGUCACUUAUAAUGAACGCCCAAGGACCAUUGUAGGCGUGGCAUGAGAAACGGAGCGCUCACGAGGUCGGGUUUCAUACGGACCUUGCCUCGAUGGAGUCGAGGUAGCGGGUCGUGAUCGGUGAUGCCGCCGGUCUGAUCUUUCGAGAUGGG